CUAACAAUAAUGGCCUUGGGAGCCUCUAUCAGAAUUCCGGACUAUAAAGCCCAUGUACAGCAUCUAGUCAUUACAAAACCGGAGCUUACAGCGGCGUGUCAUUGCCAAGACCUCGGACUCUUCGCCUCGACCGAAAGGUUUUGGUUGCAAACUUCCGAGGUGACUGCCCCGUCGUGCUGACUUUCGGUUACGUCGCGCGCUAACCAACCCAUGCCCUGCUCUUUAAUACCGAUAGCCGGAUGCAGAAUGAGGCACACGCGGAUGUCCCACCCGGUUAGAGAUUCCAAGGGUAUUUGGACUACUUGACCUAUCGCUGUGCCUCAUUCCCGUGUAGAAAUCCCAGAAUUCCUAGCAUUACGGCGGAAUUCGUUAGCUAUAGAGCGCAACCAAGAGAUGAAAAGAAAUUUCGCAAGGCAACCGCUGAUCUGUUGACCGUAAAUGACGAUUCUC